ACGUCAGAUUACUGCGCUUUUCCGGUUUGAACAUGUGGAACGGCUAGUUGAAGUAAUCACGCUUUGCAAUAACAUUUGCAAAAAAGAAAUCUUAAAAUUAGGAAACAAAGGGUUUGCAAAUAUGGGGAAAUUAAACGUCGUUAUCUUGAGGUAUCUGUCCAGGGAUGAUUUUAGAGUCCUCACAGCGGUGGAAAUGGGCAUGAAGAACCACGAGAUCGUCCCAGUAAGUCUGAUUGCGUCUAUUGCCAGUCUCAAACAUGGAGGAUGCAACAAGGUUUUACGGGAGCUGGUCAAACACAAGCUACUGGCCUAUGAACGCAGCAAAACUGUGCAGGGGUAUCGACUGAAUUACGGUGGCUAUGAUUACCUGGCACUGAAGACACUUUCAUCCAGGGAUGUGAUUUUGUCAGUUGGAAACCAGAUGGGAGUCGGCAAAGAGUCAGAUAUUUACAUUGUUGCAAAUUCUGAGGGAGAACAGUUUGCUAUGAAACUUCACAGACUGGGUAGGACAUCUUUCAGGAACCUGAAGAACAAGAGAGAUUACCACAAGCACAGACACAAGAUGUCAUGGCUGUACCUGUCCCGGCUCUCUGCCAUGAAAGAGUUUGCAUACAUGAAGGCAUUAUAUGAUCGAGGGUUUCCUGUUCCAAAGCCAGUGGACUACAACAGGCAUGCUGUGGUUAUGGAGCUCAUUAAUGGUUACCCGCUGUGUCAGGUUCGAGAAAUUCAAGACCCUGCUGCAUUGUACAAUGAAAUCAUGGAGCUAAUAGUCAAACUUGCCAAUCAUGGCCUGAUCCAUGGAGACUUCAAUGAAUUUAACCUGAUGCUUGAUGACAACGACCACGUCACAAUGAUUGACUUCCCUCAGAUGGUCUCCACCUCACAUAUAAAUGCAGAAUGGUACUUUGAUCGGGAUGUCAAGUGUGUUAGAGAUUUUUUCAUUAAAAGAUUCAACUAUGAAAGUGAACUCUAUCCAACAUUCAAAGACAUCAGAAGAGCCUGCUCGCUCGAUGUGGAGAUCUCAGCUAGUGGCUACACCAAAGAGCUACAGCAGGACGACCGUUUGCUCCACCCUGAAGGUCCAGAGGGUGAGGAACUCAGUGAAGACGAGGAUGAUGACGACAUUGCAGAGUCUGCUGACGACGCACAUCAGGCAGCCUCAGAGGACCCUAUCAGCAUGGAGGAAUAUAAACAUGCCAUGCUUGAGCUGGAAGGACUAAAAAUUAGUAAGGAGAGUCCAACAGAAGAAAGCGACACAGAGGAACACGAGGGAGCGCGAUGUGAAGAAGAGAUCCCCUCAGAGGACAUUCAGAAAGAAACUGUUUCUGACAUUUCCAAAGACUUAGAGAGGGAAGAGGAGAAUGAGGUGGAGGAUGAGUGCCCUGAUUUGGUUGAUCUGUCUGCAUCCAACAAAGAGUUCAGGCCUUUCAGAGACCACAUGAGCCUUGAGACAGAACACAGGAGGAGAACAACCAGUGAGAUGAGCAUCGGAAGUGUUGGCAGUUGUUCUACCAUACCACCAGAGGUCAUCAGGCAGAAAGUGAAGAAACAGCUUACGAAACAGCAGAAGGCCGCUCAGAGAAAACGUCUACAGAAGGGUGAAGCCAACCUGGUGACCAAGGAGAGGAGAGAAAAUCUUAACAAUAUCAAGAGCAGUUUGGAGUCAGCUGACUUUUGGGGCUGAGGAUGGCCCUGAAAUCUUUUGGUGACGUGGCUUCAGGACUUUUUUUUUUCCAGUGCUUAUGUAUCUAUGAAAUUUAAUAAUAAAA